GAAAGAGAAAAACUACUCUCAAACUUUGAAGUCAACCAACAUCUAAUAGAGAUCCAAUCUCAAAACAACUGGAACAAUAAUACCAAAGAAUCUAAGAAAAAAAGAGCCUAUAACCCAAAUUUAGAAAGUAUAUCAAGAGAUGUCACUUCUUAUCUAUCCAAGAGUCCAACUGCAUUACAAACAGUCGACAAUAUAACUCAAGCAAUGAAGGAUUUAUCCCAAUAUAAAUUGGAAAAAGUGGAAAAAUUACAAAUUAUAAAUUCUGCACCUUAUUCAUUAGUUAAUUUAUAUUCCAUCGUGGAAGAAUGUGAUCAAAGAUUUUCUGAACAAGAAAUCGAAGAUAUUUUACAAAUAGUACAAACUCAUUUCCCUCAGCAAGAGGUGGACGAGGAAGAGGAAGAUCAAGAAAUGGAGGAAUAA